AUGAUUGAGAGAAAUCGAGUAUAAAGUCAAUAAAAACUUCCUACUUUAGAUUUAUCAUCUACUAAUAGAGGAACUAUCGAAAAAUUUGGAGUUAAUGUAAUUAUUACACUAUUCAUUUAGAUUACUGUUUAAUCAGGAGAUGCCUAAUUUAUCAGUUUUAGAUCUUUAAAUGAAUAAAACCCAAAGUUUCCUUUGCCUCACAAUUCAGUUGAUUCAUCGUCUCAUUUGAAUUCAAGCAUUUAAAAUGAUUUAAGUUAGAAUAAGAAAAUAGUUUAAUUAUUAGGUAAAACUCUGUACAGAUAAAAGUAUGAAUAUCAGGAAGUCUAAGAAACAUUAAUUGUAAUUUAUAUACUUAUAAUUAAGAAAAAAAUGAGAACGAUGACAAGAAUGCAAAAAUAUGUCAAGAGGAUACCUCAUAGAGUUGAACCAUUUCAGAAUUUAGAGAAAAUUGUUUAAACAAAUCAAUAACAAUAAAUUAAGAAAAAAGUAUCAUUUCCUAUGUUUUAUAAUGGCGCCUUUUUCACCAAACUUGAACAUACAUGGAUACCAACAGUUAGAGAAAAUACAAUGGCAGCAGACUACUAAAAGAAAAUUUAUAUUUUUGGUGGAAUAGGAAGUGAAGUUUUUGGGGAUAUGAUAGAAUAUGAAAUAUAAUUUGGGAAAUUUAGAGAACUUAAGUAAAAAGGAGAUAUUCCUUUAAAUAGAUAUGGACACUGUAUGCAUUGUAUUGGUUAUCCUAUGUUAUUAUGUUCUCAAUUUUCUUAUGAUAAUUUAUAACAAAGUUCAAUCAAUGGAAAAUAAUUGAUUAUUUAUGGAGGAGAAAUGCAAUUUAAUUCUGCUUUAAAAAUAAGAGAAAAUUUAAGUGACACAAGAAUCUAUGAUAUUGAAAAUGAAACAUGGCAAUAACUUAAACCUAAUAUAGAAAACAUUCCAGAAAGCAGACGCUCUUUUGGUAGUUGUAUAAUUGGUCGUGGUUUAUUAGUUAUGGGAGGUAUUAGAAGUAGAUUUUCAGUAUUUAAUGAUCUUCAUUAUUUAAAUCUAAGUAUUUAAAUAAAUAAUUUAGGUUUAUGUAAAUGGACUCCAAUUGAAACUUAAAAGAAUCCUUUCAUUAAAGGAUUAGCUUUUUAAUAAUUAGUAUGUGUAUAUAACAAACCUUAAUAUGCUUUUGAAAAGAAGGAAAUGCGCUCUAAACAAUUGAAAACUUAAGAUUAUGAAGGAGUCUAUUGUUUUGGUGGAUGUUUUAUUGAUGAAAAUAAAAAUACACAAUAUUAUAGUAAUUUUGUAACCAUUCUCAAAUUUGAUUAACCCUUUAAUAAUUGGAUUAUACCUGAAACUACCGGUAAACCACCAUAACCAAGAAUUUAACAUACUGCUUCUUAUUUAUAGGAUAUGAGUAUAAUUAUUAUUUUUGGAGGUAGAGAUGAUUAAAAAACAAACCCAUAUUUUAAUGAUUUAUUUGCAUUCAAAAUUUUAGAUAAAGAAUGGGUUUAAUUGGAUAUAUAUGGAACUAUUCCUAGACCAAGAGCAGCACAUACUGCUAUUGCAUAUAAAAGCUAAAUACUUUAUUUUGGUGGUGUAAAUCUUAAUGGAUAUGUUGAAUUUACUGUCAAUAUAGCUGAAUUUAACUAAAAUCAAAUUCGUUAAUUGACAGCUGAAUAUAGAACCCAUGAAUAAAAAAAUGAUUAGGAAUUAUAAAAAGAAGAACAAUAACCACAAUCCAUUUUAAAUAAGUAAUAUUUUUCAUUACAUUAAAUCACUCCUGUACAACCUUUCAAAAAACUAACAAGGGCUGAAGAAUUAGAUUUGUAAAUAAAAUAAUUGUCUUUUUAAAACUUUCCUAAACAUCUUAAAUGA